AUGGAAAAUUCCGUGGAAGAGAUGACGGUUAAGUAUGUUCGUGCCGUGUGCGAGUUUCUCGUCGAAGCGAUACGCUCUCAGCACGAGCAUACCGUAACAACACAGUUGGGAGAUCGGCUCGCCGAAUUUUACCGCUCCCUAUUCACCCAGCGUGAUGGUAGGUAACUUUCUUCAAAACCAAACUAAUUGUAUAAAGUGCAUGAAGAGAACUCACAAUAUUAAUAAUUAUAAGGUGGCUCGAUACGGAAAGAUCAACGUAUGAAUUAAUAAAUAGAACUCUCAUAUGAGAAUUUGAAGAAUUUUGCUGAAUCAAAAUAGUUUCAUCGAAAACUUUUCAUGUCGAGACAUCUUAAUUGAAGGUGACGUCCACUCGUGUGCACAUGCGCGAACUUUGUUCACGUUUUGUACUGCUAUAUUUGUAAAAACGAACUGGAUAUCUAACACUUUUCUGGUUCGCCAUACUUGUAAAUGAACAUAAAUUAUAAAGAUGCUAAAUUUGGGCACAAUAUUUAUAAUGUUAUUGAUGUUAUAAGCAGAACAGAUGCGCAGGACGGAGUGGACAUCAUCUUUAAUUAUACAACCAAACUAGCGUGCAUAAUGACGUCACAAGGCUGGAUGUCCGCGAGGAAUGCUGGUCUCAGUAGUAAAAAAAUUAAACAAUUCAAAAUGGCCACUAUCGAAGUUUUCCCGGCCGAUGACAUUUUCCCAGCGUUCCGCGCGGGCAGCAAGCCUUGUGACGUCAUUAUGCACAAGAUCGAUUGCGUAAAACCAUGGAUAAUAAAAUAAAUGGAUAGGACUCUAGCUGACGUAAGCAAAGACAAUCUAGUUGCAAUCUGCGACGUCGCGCGCAUUGCAAAGUUCUCGGCAUUCUUGUUGUUUCGCUACACUAAUUGUUUUAAAAACAUGCCUAAGCCACGACAAAGUAUUCAAGGUGAAUGUUUUUCGUCUUUGUUUUUUGUAGUGCUUGAAAUAUUUGCUAAAAUUGACUGGGAAUACUUAGAGAUUUCAUCGUAGAAUGGCGUAGUUACAUUCAUUUGCUCUUUGACUAAAAUGUUUAGCUGUAUUAUUGCUAAACAUGCCGUUUUUUGAGAAUUUGCUUUGCAACUAGGUUUCAACAUCCAAUCACGCCCAUCAGCCCGUUGCAAACAUUAGAUCACGUCAGCUAGUUUCCUAUCCAUUUAUUUUAUUAUCCAUGGUAAGACUAAUUAUCUACUCGCAGGAAUCCUACCGGUUCAACAGAUCCGGCCGGAUCUACAGGCAGGUGUGCCAGCGAAUGUGCCAGCGAACACCGCCGCCACCACUACCACUACAGCCACCGACAAUCCUACGGCGCCAAAACGACGACGUGUCGGGACAGGCAGGGGUGCGCCAGGGAUAGCGCGGAAACGCGUUGUCACUGAGCGCCAAAAACGUCGCAGGCGCCAAAAAGGAAUGGCGAAUGCACCACCACCGGCGCCAUCGCCACCAACACUACCACCGACACCACCUCCUACACAACCACCAACACUACCACCACCGCCACGUGCACAGACACCACCACCUACGGGCGAACCUUCCCGAAAGACACCACGGGCACAGGUCAGUUAAUUACAUUACAUUGAACUUCAAACAUAUAACAAAUGUGUCUUGUUACACAUUUAAUUAAGGUGGCUCGAUACACUUAAUUUUCAAAAAUGCCGGUAACUUUCACGUGUUCAAACAAAUAGAUUUUAGUAGCAGUUUGUUCGUUCAAAAUGGUCUCGUAUUGUUGGAAAAUAGACAUGGUGGUCACCCACAAGUUUUAAUAUUUUCGUGCUUUAUUUUACUUGGAAUAUAACAAAAAUUCUGUAGUGCCUACACAUUUUGCCAUUGCAGAAGGGUUUCUUUUUUAAAAUUCUAUGCAGAAUGAAAGUCGUUUGGCGUUGCCAUGCAAAAUAUGAACGUAUAGGUCAGCAGACCGAAUUUUGAUUACUAUACCGAGUCACCUUAAGAAAUUGUGCUGCGCCGUGAAACUAUUUAUAGAACGUUUCAAACUAGUCAAAUGGCGCGAAUAUCUUUAAUUGCACGCAGGACACCAAAAUAUAAUGUUUCUAUCGCUUCUAUCUAAAUGUGUACCUAGGUCCUUGAUGAAUUAUUCAACAACAAGAAACGGAUCGAGAACUUCAAGGAGCUCGCCGGCGUUACGGAGAAGGAAGGUUACGAUCCCCAUGAGCUAGUUUUGUGGAAGAAAGAUCUCCGCGGGUGGCAACUGCUUGAGGAAUCUUUUGAGGAGCCGUUGCGGGAUAAAUGGCGUGCACUUCGAUCGAUGCCGAAGACUGCAAGCGACCCGCAGCUGAUUGAUGCUUUCUUCGAGCUUGCCAGCCUAGCCAACGGCUUCGCGAACCAAGCGGCCCAUAUGACCGGCUACUUGGUGCAGGAGGUCCUUCAAGUUGGAGAUGAAAAUGGCUUUGCACCGGAGCAAGUGCUCGACGACCUCGUCGCAUCGCUGGAUGCAAAGUCAUAUGCGAUGUACCGCCGCCACUUGGAGGAAUGCAAAUGUGGAGCUUGCGAGGCCGUCCUCCAGUAUGAUGAUGACUGCGGGCAGGGCGAAGUCGAGGGAAGACCGAAGCACUGCGUACGAGUUGAGCCGUGGGCGCAGAUGGUGAGGAAGUUCUCCCGGGGACUGUCGGGAACGACGCUUAGAAACUGCGAGUACUUCUUCGCCUCAACACCGAAGAUGUCCCCUCCUACGCUGUCGUUGGCCACACCAACUGAUGUCCAGGCUUGCACCAGGCGAUACAUGAAACGGUAUCUGCAAGGGUUGCCAGCGGAUUACGAGGACUACCCGGAGCAGUGGCUCAGACGCACUCCGUUGAAGCAUAUACGUGUCGAGAUGGCCGAGGUGUCCCGCGAUCUUGUCGCAAUGCUGGAUGGUGACUCUGGCCAUUUGGUCAUAGACAAGGAGACGGACCAGGCAUUACUAGCACACGUCACGCACAGGUAUCGGCAGCACAACACCAUCCGCUUUCGCACGAUGGGAAACGACGCGCCGGAACGUGCGACAGCCUUCCGGUUGUAUGGCGAGCACGUUGGCACAUCCACCAGACGACAGGUUCUUCAAACAUACCACUCGGGAGUUGAGAGCAUGCGUUGCGCGCGGCGCAUACUCGCAAAUAGUCACCGCGUGUUCUUCCGGAUUCCCAUGGACGAGUCUGGCCUCCCGGCGCACGACCUUGACAAGUAUGGUCGUCUAUUGGUCGAAAUAUACGUUGAGGAAAACGAUGGUGAUGAAUGUGUCUUGCUGGCGGAACGCAUUGCCGAAGAGGGUCAUACGUUUCCCAUCCUGGACGGAGGACUCGACAAAGAUGUGUUCGACGCAAUGGUCCGGGCGAAACAGGCACGUUCUGGUUCUUUCCAGCUUCCAGGUGAAACCAGACAGUUCCCAUUUAGACCAUGGAACACGCGCGAUGAGAGCAGCACAUCUACGCAGGAACAUCCGGUCGACGACGAUCACAUCACAUCGUUCGUAAUGCUGAAAUCUCCUCUGGCGAACGAAGGUCUCGUAUACACGGCGCCCUCCACUAUCCCAAAUGCAGGCAUGGGCCUAUUCUUGCGUCCAAGGCGAACUAGUCUACCGGCAGGAAGUUAUCUUUGUAAAUAUGCAACGUCCUAUACAGCAGAACAACCCACUUCCGAAGCUGGUAAGUCCGUUGUGAUCACUAAACCCAUAUAGCUAAGAUAGUCUACGAUAAUAGAAAUUGAAAUAUAGGGACGUCUUCAAUAACUUUAAGGCGGCUUUACGUCAAAUGAAACAAACUAUUUUUUAUCGACAAUGUCCUUUCAAGCAGGUCUCAGACACGGAAAAUUUUUGUGCGUUUGAAAAAUUAUACAAGUUUACCAAUAGCUCGAAAAGUAAACAAUGAAAUCAUUAAUACACGAGAGACUGCCGCAAUUUUAUUUGGCAAACAACUUAUGUAUUAUGUUGUAUUGUACUGUUAUUUUGUUGUAUUGUUAUUUUGUGUUGUAAUUGUAAUUGUGAUUGUGAUUGCAGUGUGAUUGUAAUCUUAAUUGUAAUUGUAAUUGUAAUUGUAAUUGUAAUUGCAAUUGUACUGUAUACUGUAUUGCGUCGUGUUGUAUUGCAUUCUAUUGUGCUGCGUUGUGUUGCAUCGUACUGUAUUGUGUUGUGUUGUGUUGUGUUGUGUUGUGUUGUGUUGUGUUGUGUUGUGUUGUGUUGUAUUGUAUUGUAUUGUAAUGUAUACAACAUGAGCGGCCGUGUUGUAUCGGAUAUACAAACUCGAGCCGAAAGCGAGAGUUUGUAUAUCCGAUACAACACGGACGCGAAUGUUGUAAAUGGCUUAAAAAACGGCUCAUCUUAUGAGUUCAUUGGCGAAGUAAUUUUAAAAAUAAACGUUGUCUAAGCCGAGAAAAUCAAAGUUAAAGUUUAUGUAAAUCAACAUAAAUCUGUAUCACACAUACAGAUACGACACGCUUAUGAUUUUUCUUUGUGUUUUCUGCAUGAAUUGUAAACGAGUUUUUUAAUCUACGGUAUUGUACUGUAUUGUACUGUACUGUAUUGUACUGUAUUUUAAAAAAUCAUACUCUCUUUUUAUAGGCUCUUACUUGGUCGACGCGCAAGUUGGCGGAAAGAUAAGGUACUACGACGCCACGACCUACAAUGGCACCAACAUCGGCCGAUAUGCCAAUAUGCUGGGCGUGAUGGAUGCGCUACGCGACGUCGUUGACCGAAGUACCACCGCAACGUUCACAGAGUUCAGCGAACGAGAAUGGAAAACCAUCAACGACGAGCUGGCCUCGAAAAACAACGCCCGUUUUCGCGUAAGUGGCGAAGAUCUCGAGUUGCGGACAACAAGGGAUAUUCCCAAGAGCGCCAAUCCCAUAGAGAUAUUCGUCUCUUACGGCAACAUCAGAUCAUACUGGAUAGCGGGCAUUGUCAGAGAACCCCAAAGCUACCCUAGAGAGAUGGCCAACAUCGCAGAAUUUUUGUUUAAUUCUCCAAACAGCAAUUGGACACUCGCACAAAAGCAGCGCUGGGGUUCCUGUGAGGACCUGCUAGAUGAAUGUGGACACCUUACAACAUUGUAA